AAUUUUUAUAAACAGUUGAAAUAGAAUGGAAGUAUUAAGUGGUGUAAUGAAUUGCUUCAGUGACUGUUUAUUUAAUAUGACGCUCGGUUUAACUCUGUAAAUUCUUUUUGAGUUUAAAAGCAUGAAAGAUAACGUUUGGAAAUGAACACAUGUUAAUUGAAUACCGAUUAAUGGAUCACGUAACUUAUAGUCUUCGCCCUGUGACCUCUUUGUAGAAAGACGUGAUAAGAUUGAUUCGGUUGGAUUUUUUGUCAUCGAUUAAGGCGGUAGUUGGCUUUAUUUCUAGUUGCAGGAAGACAUAUACUUCUGAUUACAAGGUGCGAUGUAAUCUCAUGCCAUCAAAGUAUUUAGUUUUACUUCGGAAGUGGUAAAGCAUCUUUCUGGUCGUGGUAUAUUUUGGGUGACCGGCGUUAGAUAAGAAUUACAACAAUGUCUGAUGAAAUUGGAACUAUGUCUGCAUCACCAAGUACCGCAGUUCACAGUCGUCAUCCACGACGCAUCAAGUUGAAUGAACAGCAGCUUGAAUCAAUAAGCCAUGAUGAUUUAUUGAGAAAUUGGCGAGAACUGGAUUCCUAUGUGGACAUGCUUGAAUCCCAAACUUCAAAUCAAGAAGCUGAAUUGGCAAAUCUUCGAGAUUCUGAAGAUCGAAUGCGACAACAACAUCUGGAAUCCACUCAGCGGGAGAAAGUUCUUGUCCGUCGGCUGGCCACCAAGGAACAAGAAAUGCAGGAAUAUGCAAAUCAAAUAGCUGAGUUAAAGGCGGCACAAGCCCCGGGAGCAGCGGCACUUCGCUCAGCCCUGCUUGAUCCUGCAGUGAACCUGUUGCUUCAACGUCUGAGGCAGGAACUGCUUGCAACUAGGGCACGUCUUGAAGAGACUCAGAAUGAGCUGAGUGCAUGGAAGUUCACACCCGACAGCAACACAGGCAAAAGGCUGAUGGCAAAGUGUCGCCUGUUGUACCAGGAAAAUGAGGAAUUAGGUCGCAUGAUCAAUAGUGGUCGACUGGCCAAACUGGAAGGUGAUUUGGCUCUUCAGAAAAGUUUCAGUGAAGAAGUGAAGAAAUCACAGUCAGAAUUGGAUGAAUUCUUGCAAGAUCUAGAUGAAGAUGUAGAAGGGAUGCAAAGUACCAUCUAUUACCUGCAACAGGAACUCCGUAAGGCAAAAGAUACAGUGUCUAGUCUUCAGCAAGAAAACACAUUGCUAAAGAAUGGGAAUGCAUUGACAGUGUCUGAGCAUCAUGAAGGUGUGGCAGAUAGUGAGGUGGGGAGGGAGGCCAGACCACGGACUCCAGCAAUAUGCCAUAACGGAGUACAGCUUAAGGGGGAGAAAGACUUGGGAGGGUGGGAAGAACGAACUUCAAACCAAGCACAAUGUAGAGACCCCAACGUGUCAUCAGUACAGUCCCCCCUGUGCAGUCCAUUGAGUCCUACCACAGAGCAAUCUGUUGUUGAUGUUGCCAGUGCACAUAAAGAAAUGAUCCAUUCACGAUCAUCCCAGGAGCCUGAAGAAAGAACUUUUGAGGAAUCAAAUGAGUCAGUAAAUUUGCAACCACCUAGUCCAACUGCCUCAGCACUGAAACGGGAUUGGGAAAGAACUAAGCAUCAAGAUGAAUCUUCAAGUGAUUCUGGUGAGUUAAUUCUGAAGCUGGAAUCUGAGGACAUUGGUGAGGAGGAAACUGAAUCUAGGGACUCGAACCAUGCUGAAACAGAAAGUAAAGACACUAAAGGAAAGGGAACUGCAAAUGUUGGUGAUAGCGAAUUGGAGGCUUCUGUGAAGGGCAACAGCCAUGCCAAACAAUCCCCAAGCAGUAUCAGAAAAAGGACAUAUCCUAGUGAUGACAGCAGUGGUGAUGACAGUGAUAAUGUACCUCUUAUAAAGAAGGUACGCCGGGACUCUGAGAUAUCUCUUCAUUACAAUGAAGAUGAUGAUGAUGAAACAGGUCUGACCAAUGGAGAUACAUCUGUUCUGGGAACUGAUGGGCAGUGAGCAAGUGCUGCAUACGAACUUUUAAUUUUAAUGGUUUGUACUAAUGAAUUAUAAAUUGUUUUUGUCUUAUUGUUAGUGUGUCAUCAUUUAAUUCUGUAACUUCUAAUGUGAAAAUGAAUAUUAUAAAAUAGAAGUGAUGUCAAAAGUUGUGGGGGUGAUAUGGUAAUAAAGUGUAAAUUUUUUUAA